AUGACUGACGCCAAAGACAAGGAUCACAAGUACAGGUAUCGUAUGGAGAUACAACAGAUGAUGUUUGUGUCUGGAGAAACAAAUGAUCCCCCCGUGGAGACAACAUCACUGAUUGAAGACAUUGUCAGGUCACAGGUGGUGGAAAUUGUACUCCAUUCCUCGCAGACUGCCCUCUCUCGAGGUACCAAAUCUAUAGUUCCCGAGGAUGUCAUUUUUCUAAUUAGACACGAUAAGGCCAAGGUGAAUCGUUUGAGAACCUACCUUAGUUGGAAAGAUGUUCGUAAGAAUGCCAAAGAUCAACAAAGUGGAGAUUUGGCAGAUAUUGGAGGUGAUGAUCUGCUGGACAAUUCUACAUCCCAGGUGGCCGCAUCGGGGGCUCCUGGGGCUCCUGGCUCCUCUUCAAGCACAUCCAUGGACAGCAAGAUGCUCAGCAAGUACAAGAAAUCGAAGAUACGGCUUCCCUGGGAGUUGCAAUUCGUAUUCACAGAACAACCACUGGACACCAAUGAGGAUGACGCAGAGGAUGAGGACGAAAGGGCAGCAACAUUAGCUUCAUUAAAGAGACUUAAAACUAAUGAUGAAAGAACAAAGAAUAUGACUAAAGAAGAAUAUGUCCAUUGGUCUGAGUGUAGGCAGGCCAGUUUUACCUUCAGAAAGGCGAAACGGUUCAGAGAAUGGUGUGGUCUAUCACAUUUGGCAGAAAGUAGACCCAGUGAUGAUGUGAUUGAUAUAUUGGGAUUCUUGACCUUUGAAAUGGUCUGCUCUAUCACCGAGGAGGCGUUGAUUGUCAAAAUGCUAGAAGAACAGAAUGGUGAUCUAGCCUCAUCCACCACCACUAUCCAAAAAUUACAAGAAAGCCACAGGAAGAGGAAACAUUUAUUUGAUGGGCCAGAUAAAGACGUGCGUCCGAUCACUUCCGGCCAUGUAUUAGAAGCAUGGAGGAGGCUGCAGAAGAGAAAUGUGGAAAAGAAGGCCAUUAGGAACUUCCAAGGGGGAAAGCUACGAUCUAGAGUACAAUUAAUAUGA